ACUGUCUUUGGCAGGAGGAAACCGAUCUUGGAGGAACCAGAGACGUCCAAACCAGCAAGACGACACCUCUGCUCCCAGAUUGGAAAGAGUUUUACCAAGUUAGGAAGCCUGAAAAGACAUGAGAGGGGACACACAGAACCGAAGCCACAAAAUUGCGCCCAGUGUGGAAGGAGUUUUAGCCACUUAGGAAAUCUGAAAGCUCAUGAGCGAACACACACACGGGAGAGGCCUUUCCAUUGCUCCCAGUGUGGAAAGAAUUUUAAGCGGUUAGACACUCUCAAAACCCAUGAGCAAGUACACACAGGGGAGAAGCCAUACCAUUGUGCCCAGUGUGGAAAUAGUUUUAGCCAGUCAGGAAGCCUGAAAGUUCAUGAGCGAAUACAUACAGGGGAGAAGUCAUACCUUUGCGCCCAGUGUGGAAAGAGUUUUAGCCAGUCAGGAAGCCUGAAGGAACACAUGAGACUGCACACAAGGGAGAAGCAUUACUACUGCUCACAUUGUGGGAAGAGUUUUAACCAUUUAGUUAGCAUGAAAAGACAUGAGAGGAUACACACAGGAGCGAAGCCACACCCGUGCUCCCAGUGUGGAAAGAGUUUUAAGCGGUUAGACACCCUCAAAGCUCAUGAGCGAAUACACACAGGGGAGACACCAUACCAUUGUGCCCAGUGUGGAAAUAGUUUUAGCCAGUCAGGAAGCCUGAAAAUUCAUGAGAGAAUACACACAGGGGAGAAGCCAUACCAUUGUGGCCAGUGUGGAAAGAGUUUUAGCCUUUUAGAAAGCCUGAGAGUUCAUGAGCGAAUACACACAGGGGAGAAGCCUUAGCACUGCUUCCUGUGUUCAAAGUGUUUUACCCAUUUAGGAGGCCUGAAAGAACACAUUAGACUGCACACAGAGGAGAAGCCUUACAAAUGUUCAGACUGUGGGAAGACAUAUUACUCAUCACAGACACUUAAAAGUCAUGUGAGAAUCCACACAGGAGAGUAUACUUACUCAUCCGAGUGUGUGAACUCAUAUUUCACAUCACAUUGUCCAUUGUCUUAUAUUGUUGACUGAUAAUGUGUUUACCUGUUUAUACCACAUGAAAUUGAAUGGUACAAAGUAUACUCAAACUUAUAUUUGUAUGUUUUUAUUAGUUUGAAUAUAGAGUAAAUCAGAUUCCAUGUGUUUAAAUGGUCCUUUUUUAAACUCUUUGUGUGUUUAUCUGGGUGUGUCAUUCCUCCAGCACUACAGAUAAUCAAGUGAUAUUUGGAUUAGUUCCAUUGUUGACAUUUGCAUUGUUGGCCCACUGAUGAUUUAAUGACAUGAAAAUGUUCAGACUCUGUAAUGGAAAAUGUUAAUUGUUUGUGUGUCCACAUAACUGAGUAUGUGACUAACCUUGUGAAACUGUCCUAUUAUAAGCUCCUGUUCUUGGGAGUACCAUCCUGUGUUGCAAACCAAUUUGCACCUGUGUCCUUGUAUGAAUAAAGUCCCGCCCAGGAACAGGAAACUAUAAAGAUAUGUGCUCAUCACUCAAUGCUUCAGGAAUUCAGACUGUCUACACUGCUCCGUGUAGCUGUUAUUCUCUCAGAAAUAAAGAGAUGUGGUUUGACUUGGACUUCACCCAACUUGCAGCCUAAAUCCAAUGACAGUUGACAUUUUGUGUUGAUUUCAUGUUGAAUUCACUUUAGUUGACGACUCAAAAGAAAUGUUAACUAGAUGUUGAACUGACGUCUGUGCCCAGUGGGCUGGUUUGAAUAAGCGGCAGGUGUUGGAUCAAUAUCCACCUUCGUUGGUUACGGGAUCGUCAGCCAUCUCCUUCUUCACUUUAAUAGAUCAUAUAAAAGUCUGAUAAAAUGUAACAAAUAUGUCAUAUUUACUUUAUAUACUUU